AGUCACUGCCAGAAAUGUGACUUAAGAACACCCCCUCGAGCUCAUCAUUGCAAUGUUUGUGAUAAAUGCAUCUUAAAAAGAGACCAUCAUUGUUAUUUUCUGGGCGUUUGUAUUGGCUUUAAAAAUCAACGCUAUUUUGUGAUCAUGACCUUUUAUGGAGCAGUCGUUUCUUUUUGGGGUUUAUAUCUGUCUUUGGUGUAUUUUUCUAACAAUAUUUGGCCAUUCGUAUCUCUGUCAGAUGUUUUUCUACCGGUGACUUUUUAUCGAACAAUUUUUGGCGAUUUUUCGUUCAACCAUUUCUUAAUAGUGUACCAUAUGUAUUGUUUCGCUUGUUUUGGUCCCGUGGCUACUUUUUACUUUUCCAGUCAAUUUACAAUCAUUUCCAAAGGCGUGACCUUGUACGAACUUGCCAAAAAUGUUCCGGUGCGGAAUACCAAUUCCAUAGACAAAAAUUUCCGUUCUGUUUUCGGUGAUUUUUGGUACGUGAAUUUUGUGUUUCCUGGUCAAAUUCUGUUCCAUCAAACUGAAGAUGGAUAUUUUUGGGACGGAAUUAAAGUUUUGAAUUCACAUGAAAAAUCCAUGAAAUAA